CCGGAAACUGUUUACUUAGGUCACCAAGCAACCUGGCGCAUAAUAUUUUCCUGAAAACAAGGAUUUGAAACUACUACCCGGGUUCACAUGUGUUCACACCUUUAAUUACGCUUGAAGUGACAUAAGAUUAAAAACUAAACAAUGGCAGCCCUAGCACCACCAAAGCAACCCGGGACCUACACAUUUGCAAGUCAACCAAGAGCUGUUCCACAGAGAAAAAAAUACAGAGACCCUUUAGGACCCCAGGAAUAUGAUGAAACAAAUGCUCCACAGUAUGGAAAUAUUAUGUAUGACAGAAGAAUUGUCCGAGGCAACACCUAUGCCCAACACACACUACCGGCACAUGCACAGCCGGACCCUAUUGAAAUUCAAAGACAGCAAGAAAACAGAAGACGUGCCAUUGCCAGGAAGCGAGCGAAGGAACAGCUUCGACCACGAUCUCCUGAACCAGUUGAAGGAAGGAAACAUAUAGAUGUACAAACAGAGCUUUAUUUAGAAGAACUUAGUGAUCGUGUAGAGGAAGCUGAUGUUGAAAUUCAAACAGAUGCCUUCCUGGACAGACCUCCCUCACCAAUGUUUGUACCUGCCAAAACUGGAAAAGAUACCGCCACUCAAAUUUUGGAUGGAGAUUUGUUUGACUUUGACAUCGAGGUGAAGCCAAUCCUGGAGGUGCUUGUUGGCAAGACAGUGGAGCAGUCAUUGCUGGAAGUAAUGGAAGAAGAAGAGCUAGCGAACCUGCGCUCCCAGCAGCGCGCAUUCGAGGAGCUCCGCAAUGCAGAGUUUGUGGAGCAGCAGCGCCUCGAGGAACAGGAGAGGAGGCAUCGCGAGGAGAAGGAGCGUCGUAUGAAACAGCAGCGAGAAGUGUUGAGGAAGGAGAAGGAGACGGCAGAGAAGAUUGCUGCCCGUGCCUUCGCCCAAAGCUACCUAGCCGACCUUGUACCGACAGUGUUCGGUACACUCUCCGACAAUGGAUACUUUUACGAUCCUGUGGAGAGGGACAUUGAACAGGGAUUCUUGCCAUGGCUGAUGGACCGAGUGACAGACCAGCUGGAAAAAUCAGAAAAGGGCCGACUUGUUUUGGAUGGUCUUCUGCGCGAGGUGGUUAGUAAGCGACGUGAGCUCUUUGAGCGCCUGGAGAAGUCCGCUCAGCCUGCUGAGGAUGCACAGAAGCCUGUGGAGGAGUCAAAGCCAGAGACCGCAUCAGGAGGUACACCACAGGUCACCGUAGAUACCCCGGCUGCGCCACAGGCUGCACCAGCCACCACCACUGAGACCGAGAGUGAAGAGAAGGGGGAGGAGGGAGGUGGGGACGAUGAGCCCCAACAAGAAGAAGAGGACUAGACAUGCCUCUUAGCAACCAUCACAUAGCAACUCUCACCUAGCAACCAUCACCAUAGCAACUACAAUUAAACAGUUGUGAAAAAGACUCAAAAUAAUCUGGAUUAUUAAAAAAUAAAUAAAACGUAUUAAAAUGCCAACGAUUAAAAUGAAUUGAUGUUAUUUAUUUUACAAAAAAUAAGGUGAAAUGUGAGGAAAAAUCUUAAUCUACUGAUUUAAGGACUGCUGUUUGACUUUCUUCUAAGAUUGGUCAAGCCUUUGUUAAUGCUCAAAGUUAAAGCUUUAACUUGAUAUUACCAUCAUAUUGAUAUCAAACUAUUGUGAUGACAGUUCUCAUUUCCAAAUGUUAAAUUCUUCACCUAUUAUAUUUGGUACAUUUCAGUACCAUUCUGCCUUUAUAUUUCUGUGAUGAUAGCCUGCCCCACUCUGGGUUUCUCCUGUUUAUGUUACGGAGAAGGCUGGACAAGGGGCAGUUAUAUUUCUACGUAUAAUAGUUCAUAUACAGCAUUGUGUAGUACUGUCUUUGUUGAAACUUUUUUAAAUUUAUAUAUUGUUUUCAAAUGUAAGUCUAUGUCUAAAUAUCUGUAAGAGAUCUUGUUUUUUAAAGCAAUGAUAUACAAUAUGAUCAUCAUGACAACAUAGAACUUCAUGUAUCGUUAUACCACCGUAUGAUUACAAAUUGUUUGAAGAAUUAUGUAAAUGAAAUGGCUUAUAUUGAAGUAUAGUUUAUGAAUUUUCUGAAUGUAAAUUAGUAUUAAAACUAAGAAAUAAAAUUUGUUUGAACAAUGAAACUUG